AUGGACCCUCCGCAUGCAAAAGAGAUAAGGGAGGGUGGGAGAGAGAGGCUUGUGAUGGCGGAAAAAGAUAAAGGGAGAAGAAGUCAUGCACCUACCGCCCAGGACACUGCAAUUAAUGCUGGACAGCAGAGAUACACACAGGGGCAUGGCACAGUUCGCUCGGCAACUAUCCUAUCAAAUGGAGGACACCGCCGCAAGGCAGAGCAGAAUAUAAUUGGACUGCACUCACUUCUACUGCUAAUUAAGCUGGAGGGACAAGAGAAGAGAAGAGAAGAGAAGAGAAGACUUCUGUUCCAUCAGGACCUCGGCGCGUUCUGUGAUCCCACGUCGGUGCUCGACCACCGCCUCAGUCCCACCGCAACCUCGGCCUCCACGCUGUCUUCCCCCCUGGGCGACGUGGCGGCACUCGCCGGCGCCAACGCCAACGCCAAGAGCGUCUCCCCGCCCCCGCCCGCAUGGCCGGCCGGGGACGACGACUCCGCCGGAGAGGAGGAGGACUGGGUCCGCCACCUCCCGCCCCUUGAUAUGGCGCUCGGCGCCGCCGAGGCCUGGGAACCCCCCGGCGCCGGGCUGCCGGAGGCUGCCCGAUCGCAGGGGCUCUCGCAGGACAACACCUUCCUCCGCUGGAUCAUUGGCAGCGACGACGCGUCGCAGGCGAUGCCCGGCGUCAUGGACCACCCGGUUCUUCAGAUCGACCACAUCCCCUCUUCCGUGCUUCCGCACCAGCCGCUGCCGUUCCAGCCGGCCUUGGAGGACACAAAGGCGGCACCUUUCGGACCCUCGAUCCACCAGCCGCACCCGCACGCUGCUUUCCUCGGCGCGCUCCCGUCCUUCGACACGCCCAAGUGGCACCACCCGAUGGCCCGUGCGUCGCCUCCGAAGCUGCCACCUUUCGCCGGCCCCGCCGCGACCGCAGGUGGGUUCGUGCCCGCCCUGAAGCCGAAGGCGAAGGCGGAGGCGGCGAGCGACGACACUGCCGCGGCGGUGGACCAGCUCGCCGAGGCGGCAAAACUUGCCGAAGCCGGCGACGUCUUCGGCGCCCGCGAGAUAUUGGCGCGGCUCAAUUAUCGGCUCCCCGCCGCUCCCGCGGCCGGGACGCCAUUACUCCGAUCUGCCUUCUAUUUCAAGGAGGCUUUGCGCGUUGCCCUCUCCACCACCGGCGACGCCUCCUCGGCGUCCGCGGCAUCCACGCCGGUGGACGUGCUCCUCAAGCUCGGCGCCUACAAGGCCUUCUCCGAGGUCUCCCCCGUGCUUCAGUUCGCGCACUUCACCUGUGUCCAGGCCGUGCUCGACGAGCUCAGUGGCGCAGGUUGCAUCCACAUGCUCGACUUCGACAUCGGCGUCGGUGAGCAGUGGGCGUCGCUGAUGCAGGAACUGGCCCAACGCCGCCCCAGCGCGGCGCUCAAGGUCACCGCAUUGGUGUCGACGGCAUCGCACCACCCGCUGGAGCUGCAGCUCGUACACGAGAACCUCUCCAACUUUGGCGCCCAGACCGGUGUCCCGUUCCAAUUCGCCUUCUUCAACCUCGACACCAUGGACCCCACGGAGCUUCUCGCCAUUGCCGGCGGCGAUGCCAUCGCCGUCCACCUUCCCGUCGGCUCGGUCCACGCCCCCGCGGUGCCGUCCAUCCUUCACCUUGCCAGGCGCCUUGGAGCCAAGCUUGUGGUCUCCGUCGACCGCAGCUGUGAUAGAAACGAGCUGCCCUUCGCCGCGCACCUGUUCCAGGCAUUGCAGUCGUGCGUGUUCCUGCUCGAGUCCGUGGACGCUGUCGGCACUGCCUCAGACAUUGCUGGCAAGAUCGAACGAUUCGUGAUCCAGCCGAGGAUCGAGAGCUGCGUGGUGAAGAGGUACCGUGCCGCCACCGCGGGCGACAAGACGCCGCCCUGGAGGACAAUGCUCGCGUCGGCCGGCUUCGUACCGUUGCAAGCAAGCAGCUUCGCGGAGGCGCAGGCGGAUUCACUGCUCAAGAAGGUGCCGGUGCGGGGCUUCCGAGUGGAGAAGCGCGCCGGCUCGCUGGUCCUGCAUUGGCAACGCGGGGAGCUGGUCUCCGUGUCGGCGUGGAGAUGCUAGCAGGCCCGCCGCCGUUUUACCCCGCCGUGAAAACAAGUUAAUUAGUAGGCUAGUUAGGACUAAUGAUCCUAACAAUACUUCAUACUUCUGCUGCUGCAUUGAUCGAAUUACUCUCUAUGCAUUUCACCUUGCUAGUUGUUGUGCUCAACUGUCAAUCUGUCAUGUUGCUUGUUUUAAGUAGAUUGUUUGGCAGAUUGCAAGGUCUCGCAGACUGGUACUGUGCCAGUGUAUUUUAGUUCUCAUGUGAUCAUGUUAUGUUAUUCCUGUGCAAUCAAAUAGCUAUAUGGACA